AUGUUGCCAAUUUAUUCACGCUCCGCAUCGAUUCUGAAAACUAUACCGAGAAGGCCAUCCUAUUACAUAUUAUCUGGGUUGACCGGACAUUUUCAGGCAGGACCUCAACUAAAAUACAGUCUCUUUAAAGAGCGGUUUAAGAGGGGAUUGGCCACGGCUCCAAUCGAGCCUUCCAAAAAUAAGAAUGGCCUACUCAACGUGCCCAACAUUUUGACUUUAUCUCGAAUAGCAUGCACGCCUUUCAUUGGCAUAUUCAUUAUAACGAACAAUUUGACCUCAGCAUUAGGUCUGUUUGCAUUCUCCAGCAUCACUGAUUUUAUGGAUGGGUACAUAGCAAGAAGGUACGGCCUCAAAACAGUUGCGGGGACCAUAUUGGACCCACUUGCAGACAAACUACUCAUGAUCACCACGACCUUAGCACUAUCCGUACCUUCAGGCCCUCAGAUCAUACCAGUGUCCAUUGCAGGAAUCAUUUUGGGGAGGGAUGUGUUGCUAGCGAUAGGGGCUUUGUUUAUACGAUAUAGCACUUUGAAAUUGAAGUAUCCCGGUCGUGUGGCAUGGAGUUCAUAUUGGGAUAUUGUUCACUAUCCAAGCGCUGAAGUUAGACCUUCCCAACUAUCAAAAUGGAACACUUUUCUCCAAAUGAUAUACCUUGGAUCCGGUGUAUUGCUGCUUUUGUAUGAGAAGCAAGAGAGCGAGGACGAAACGGAUGAGGUCUUCGAGGAUAGAAAAGAGCUCUUUCAAAAGAUCUUUAGUUAUUUAGGGUAUAUAACCGUCACUACUACAAUCACGAGUGGGGCAUGCUACGCUUUAAACAGAAAUGCUUUCAAGCUUUUGAAGUAA